UUUUCUGUGGCCUCAAUUUGCGUCAUAGAUUUUGAUUUAUUUCUGUGACAUCUGUUUUGGAAAGUUGAAAAUGAUAUCUUCAGGAGAAUAUUCUCAUUUCUCAACAACAAAAAUUUACGAACAUUGAAAUGGCUUAUUCACCAACAGUACAACUCGCGAAGCAAUUGGGUGCAAUAGAACUGGUAGAUGUGAGCAGAGAAAAUGAAACAAAGAGAGUUGCACAAUACUUCGACUAUUUGCUGGUCUUAGAUUUCGAGGCAACUUGUUGGAAUAAUAAUGAUAGAGGAAGGAAGAAUGAGGUCAUUGAAUUCUCUGUUGUUAUGUAUGAUGUGAAUGAAGGCAGAAUCAUUGAUGAAUUUCAGCAGUACGUUCAGCCAUCUGAAUUUCCGAUACUCAGUGAAUUCUGUAUAGAACUAACUGGAAUCACACAGAAACAAGUAGAUGAAGGAGUUCCUAUCGGAACUUGUUUGAUGUUGUUCACCAAGUGGAUCAAAAACCAUCAAAAGAAUUUAAACAUUUCCUUCCCUUGUGAUAUGGUCUUACCUGGGAAAAAAAAAUGCGUGUUUGUAACAUGGAGUGACUGGGAUCUUGGUACCUGCCUACCGAAAGAGUGCAGAAGGAAAAACAUUUAUAAACAGGAGUUUUUUGGGAAGUGGGUAGAUCUGAGAGAAAUUUAUAUGGAGCAUUAUUACAGAAGGCCAAAGGGUUUGUUAGGGGCUUUAGAAGAAGUGGGGCUUGAGUUCAUAGGAAAACAGCACAGUGGCCUAGACGAUGCCAAGAACACAGCAUACUUAGUUCGUAAACUCAUUCAGGAUGGGGCAUUGUUAAGAAUUUCGAAGAUGGGUAGUCAUAAAAAAAGAUGAAUUUCUGGACGUGCAUCAAAAUUUGAUUAUAAAUAUUAACAGAGGAUAUGGGGGGAAAUUUAGAGUAGAAGAUUGUUCCAUCUUGAACUUUCCAAGUGAAGGGUAAUCAAAUUUUAUCGAGAAUGUGUUGAGAAAAUGUUGGUUUUUAAAUCUUCGUGGAAUUUUUUUUGUUUUAUUCGUCCUGAUUUUAAAGAGAGUUUUUCAGAUGUUGAAUAAACUUAUGAUUUUUU